UCGAGAGUUUCUCUAAAAGUUCUCCGGUUUUUCCUUCCUCCAGAAAAAUAAACCGAUUCCAGUUCAUUCUAUGAAUUGAUGCCCUUCAUUUAUCAACUGAAGUUCUAACUCUUAAUUCUAAUUCGAUAUACUGGCUGCCUUAUCGAUUACGUUGGAGAGCCUCUUAGACAUAUUACGCCAUUUACAGGGAGAAUGGUAUCAAACAACCAAACAAGCCAAGUAGGGGAGACUUUUCGUCGGGCUACUUGUAUAUCAACAGGAGUGAUAUCUCUUUUUCUAGCCAUCUUCACAAGCGCCGGGAAUGGUUUUCUUCUCUACGUACUGUAUAAAGAUCCACUAAAAGUGCUUCGUAGACCAGUGACUGUCUUCAUUGGAGCACUAGCUGUCGUUGACUUUUUAACAGGGGCUUUUUCAGACUUCGCCUUCGCUGCUCAUGAGUUUGAGUGCGCCAUGGGCGCAAAUAAUCAUCCAGGAGCGGUUGGGAACUUUUCUGGAAUCGCCUACUUUUUCACUGUUAACAGUGCCCUCCUUCUUGUCGCUGCUUUGUCCGUGGAAAGAUUAAUCGCGGUAGCCUACCCACACUACUACCGAAAUUCUGUUACAAAAAGAAAGAUCUUCAUCGUGGUAGCAGUUAUCUAUACCCACUCCUUUGUCUUCGCAAUGCUACAACUGGCGAAAAUCCCUGACCAAAUUUACCACAACCUUGACCUUAACAUUCACAUCAGUUUCCCAGUAGCAACAGUAUCUAUUACCUACGGGGCCAUUUAUGUGAUUUUCCGAAAAAGACGCCUAAGAAUCGAUGCCAACAAAUCAGGAGAAAAUGUUACCCAAAGGAACGCAUCAGUCGUUGUUGAAAGCUCAGAUGUAAGGCGUCAAAUCCGGAAUCUCAAGAUUGAACAGCAGCUCGUUUCAACUGCUUUUAUUAUAUUAUUGUGCAUGAUCGUAGCUUUGAUUCCGUAUCUAGUUUUUGUGUACGUAGAAAUUGAAUGUCCCAGCUGCAUCGAUACUGAAUGGUUCUUUGCAGGCAGACGCCUGUGCGUUCCAUUUCUCUUCAUUAACAGCGCGGUUAAUCCGCUAAUAUAUGCCCACAGGCUGCAACAUUACAAAAACUCAUUUCGUGCUAUAAUUAUUGAUUCACCAUCUCCAGUAAUGUCAUUACCAAGCCACACUUAUACAAAGCAGAUCGUUGCUGUGACCCAAAGCACACGAGAAAAUCCUUGAAGACUUCCUUGCAGUUCCUCACUUGGACAGCGAACAGUGUCUUGUCUUUGCAGCACUUUAUCACUUGGUCUUUAACUUACAUUUCCAUUUUGUUAUUUCGMCAAUUUUCACACAUCAAUAUUGAAAGAAAUCAGCACCAGUCACCUAUAUUUUACUCUAAGAUAUGUAUAAAGAUAUAUGUAUAAAUAAUGAUUACACUGGUUGUAAAUAGUCGUGUUUAGGAUCGUAAAAGGGUAUACAUUCUUUUUUCCCCCACUUUGAUUAUCGCAAGGCUGUGUUAUGCUAUUCAGUGCAAUUUUUGUAGCUUGGGAUUUACAUGUCAUCUUAAGAAAACUUCUUGUAUGACGUGGUUUUGUGUGGUACAGUAAUCAACAGUAUCCCUUUAGUACAAAGAGGGCUCUAACAAACAACCGUUUGUAAAAAAGUAUGUAGAUGAAUAAAUGAAGAAAAGGUUUUACAAAA